AGCAUUUGACGUUUUAGGAGCACAAAGAGACCGGCUAUUGGCCCCAUUUAAGAACCAUUACUUGAUAUACAUCUCAUACGAUACACUCGUAAGCGGCUCCCAUAAAAUCUUAUGAAAAUAGAUCUUAAAACUAGUGUUCAAAAUGUCGUUAGUAACUUGUGCAUCUAUCGAAAAGGAGUAUGAAAAACUAAAUAAUGUGAAACGGGACGAUAUACAGAAUUUAAUGGCGUGGUUGAAAGGAGUGGCGCAUUUACCUCAUGAAUUUAUUACAGAAUUGGACGUGAUAUUAGCAUAUCAUAGUUGUGCAUGCGACGCCGAUUUAACGAAACGGGUCAUUGAUGUCAAUUACACUCUUAAAACUUUGUUCCCGUUUUACCAGAAUAGAAAAGUCGAUGCAUGUUUGGAUAUGGCGAUGCAGACUUGGCUAAUUUAUCCAUUACCGACACUAACAAAGAAGGGUUUUAGAUCAAUAUACUGUGAAUUAUUGGAUGCAGAUCCCAAAAAGUUUGUCUACGCUGAUGUUAUCAAGGCAUUCCUAAUGAUAAUGGAUCUAUGGCAAUACGAAGAGGGCACAGUCCCAGGCGUGGCCCUUAUCGUAAACUUGGACAGGGUGUCGCUGGGACACAUCUCACGGGUCAACUUGACGGUGGCACAACAGUUCUUUUAUUUCUUACAAGAAGCUAUGUUUGUCAGCCUCAAAGAAUUCCAUUUCAUCAAUGCUCCAACAUUUGUAGAUAAGUUACUAUCUAUGGUGAAGCCAUUUAUGAAAGACGAACUACUUGAUAUAUUAAAGGUCCAUCAAGCUGAUGCCAAUUCUUUAGAAGAAUUUAUAGCAAUAGAAGAUUUGGUCAAGGACAACAAAAAUGUUCUGAAAGAUGAAAUGUUCAACAAACUAAAAGCGAACCACAAGUUUUUCGAGGACGAAGCAAAGAAAAGAGUUGACGAAUCAAAGAGGCCGGACGGUCCCAAAACUUUAAGUAGUUUCUUUCCAGGCAUGGAAGAAUCUUUCAAGAAACUAGAAAUAGAUUAAAAUGACCACGAAUUGAGUUCUGCCUUGUGUAAAAAGGUAGAUUUGGGGACAUAUAUAGAGAAAUUUAAAAAGGAGUGUAGGUUAAGGAAUUGUUUAUUUUCCGAUCAACCGUGUCGAGAUGGUAGAAGGAGAUUGUAAGUAGUACAAAUAUAGAUAUAAUGCAGUGUGUAUUGACACUAGUACGUGACAACACGUGCAGUUCGCGGCGCGGGUAGCAAGUGACACAAAGGAAAUUGCUUCUUUGCAUAGCGGUGUGCUUGCCACCUCUAGCAAAACGACCAAAAAUCCCACUACACGUAAUAUUCGACGGACUUCGGUACUUGUAUAACCUAGAAAAGAUUUUUCAACUGAUUCACUUAGGUUUAUUUCUAUUUUUAGACUAUGUUCUAUCUCAUUGUUGUGUAAAGGUCACAGUUAUCUACUACUUCGGAUCCUUUGUUAUGUUUAUGUUAUUUUUCAUUUGUGUACAAUAAAUAAUGUAUUGUUUUCUAACGUUAUUAAA